GUUCGGUUUGGUCCAUAAAUCCGGUUAUGAAAACCCGGUUCCAUAAAAAGGUUUUUGAGGGGUUUUAACAUAAAGACGUUUCGAUUACACAAAUCUCUCUGGCUUGUAAGAGUCGGCGGCGGCACCGAGAGAACCUUAAACCUGAAUUCUCCGAUUUCCAUAAGAUCAGAUCUCACUCACGCCUGAGAAAAAAUGGGAAUUGCAUCAUCCACAGAUCCAAAAACAGAGACUUUUCCCGACCCCAAAUCUCAAAACAACGAAGAAGCUCCAGCUCCAGCUCCAUCUGAGGAACUCGAAGAUUCGUCUCCGUCGGAGAAACUUGGAGAUUCAUCAACUGUUUGGAGAGAUCCAGUAGAUUCCGAAUCGGAUCAACCACAAGAAGGAGGAGGAGGAGACGCAGAUGGUGAAGAAGAAGGAGAGUGUGGGUUUUGCUUGUUUAUGAAAGGAGGUGGUUGCAAAGAUUCGUUUAUUGCUUGGGAAGAGUGUGUUGAGAAAGCUGAGAAGAACAAGGAAGAUAUUGUUACUAAUUGUAUGGAAGUCACUUCGAUGUUGAAGAAGUGUAUGGAUGAACAUUCGGAUUACUAUCAGCCGAUUCUCGCUGCGGAGAAAGCUGCUGAAGCAGAGGUUAAGAAGGAGCUUGAAGCUGAGAAGAAGAAGGAAGAAGAAGAGAAAGCUGAGAAGAAGAAGGAAGAAGAAGAGAAGAUCUCGGAAGAGGAAGUGGCUGCGAAGAAGCAAGCUCAAGGGUGAUUUGAUUGAGAGGAUUUAGGUAAAUUUUUCAUGGUUUCUUGUUCCAUGGGAAUAUCAAAAUAUUGGAAUUUGGGAGAAAUUGUUCUUUAGGAGCAGAGGAAAUUUCGUUUUUAGAUUCGUAACUUAUAUGAUCGAUCAUUUUUGUGUGCGAAUAAGUUGAUUGAUUGAGAUCAUUUGAAUGAUUAAGAGAAAAUUUGCUCUUAAAGGUCAGUACUUUGUUGAUCCCCAAGACUGUUUCUGUUGAUUCAAUAGAUAAUUUGCUCUAAAGGUUA